UAGUCGGAGAUAUUUUGUUGGAGGAUUGGAAGCGAGCUAAUGUGGUACCCCGUGCUUGUCGCGGUGUGGCUGUAAGUCAAAAUAAAAAAAUAAAUCUUAAGAAAUACCGUAUAAACUGCGAAAAUAUGGCAACACGGAGCUGCAGUGCCCGUAUCCUCUGUCAGAGAGCAGGGGUCGUGAAGAUGAUGUACAGGGGAAUAAGCACAGCUGCCCUACCACAGCCCCAGGUAGAUUUCCUUAAAGGAGAACCACACAGGAAGCAUCCAGGUGUGACCAACCUGAAAACUCUGCGCCUACCUGCGGAACUUCAGAUGGCUGCACAGUCAGUUAUUCUCAGAGCUGAGGUGCCUCAGCUGACUGACCGCGCUCAUAAACUCACUAACUUCCUGUGGAGCAGGAAACGAAAGGUCGAGGAUAAAACUCUGCGAAAGAAAGCUAUAGGCCUGGAGAAAGAACUGUGGGAGAAAGCGAUGCAGAAGAGAGGAGAUAUAGAUGAGGAAGCACUUGCAGACCGCAUCAGAAGGAGAGUGUUUUCAGAGCUCAGAAGAACAACAUAUCAUUGGACUUCCAUGAAGUAUGAUGAAGAGUUCGCUGUGGUGUACAUGGCGGCUCGGCUGGCCGGGGGCUAUGCGGCAGCGAGGAGAGCUCUAAAUGAGAUAAAGAAGAGAGAUCCCUCCUUUGCCCCUCAGUCUCUCCUGGAUUUUGGUUCUGGGCUGGGAACAGUUGUCUGGGCAUCACACUCGUACUGGGCCGACUCUUUGAAGGAGAUGGUGUGUGUGGACAGCUCUGGACCAAUGAACAUUCUGGCAGAGCAACUUCUCAAAGGUGAUGACGAACAAGCUCAACCUCACAUCAAGCAAGUCUAUUUCAGACAGUUCCUCCCCGUGUCUCCUACGGUGCAGUUUGAUUUGGUAGUCGCAGCUUUUACCCUGUCAGAGCUUCCCAACAUGAAGGAGCGAGAAGAGUCAGUGUUCACUCUGUGGAGAAAGACCAACUCAUAUCUGGUGUUGGUAGAAAAUGGGACCAAAGAGGGCCAUCAGAUUCUUAUGGAAGCCAGAGACACUUUAUUAAAGAAACAAGAGAGGAUAGUCCACGACUCCAGACCUGCUUCAGUGUUUGCUCCAUGUCCGCAUGAGCUGACGUGUCCUAAACUGGCUGGAUCACUGACCUUUCCCUGCAACUUCCAGCAGCAGUACCACCCUCUUCCUCUGCCUGGGCACAAUAGUUGUCAGACGGAGAAGUUCAGCUACCUGAUUCUGACUCGGAACGGACAAGUGGAGGCAGAAACAGAAGGUGUGGACUGGGCCCGGCUGAUCUCACCAGUGCUGCGUAGAACAAGACAUGUCCACUGUCAGAUGUGCUGUCCUGAUGGACAGCUGCAACACAUGGUGGUGACUGCUCGGAAACACAGCAGAGACAUUUACCGCUGUGCUCGAAGCAGCAACUGGGGAGAUCGACUGCCGAUCAUUCAGAAAGUCGAGGAAGAGGAGGAGGAUGAGCAGAGUGAUUCAGAGUGAUGAUUCAGCCGGGAAGAGACACAUUUUUCAGAUUAAUGAAAUACUCCCAGGAAAAUGAAAUAAGACGGCCGUCCAAGCACUCAUCAGCCGUUAGUUCAGCAUUUCCUUAAGGGAACUAAUAAAGGACUGACUCAUUGAGUGCUUACCGAGAUUACUUCAAUAAAAAGUCAUAGUUCCGUUUUGCUGUACUUUA